AUGCACCCUACCACCGCCUUCGCCAUACUAGCCACAAGCACUCUCCUCACCGGAACAUUAGCACAAAACAUGUUCAAAUACCCCACAGCAUCGGCAGGCCAAUCGUUCAAGCAGGGCGACAACAUCACCGUUUCCUGGCAGACCGACUACAAAGAACCUUACCUUGACUUAUUCUGCAGUUACAUCAACAACCAACUUGCGUACCAGGGGAGUGCGGAUAUGGAUUACAAUAUCACAAUUCUGUUGGCACUGGCUCUCCUGGGCUACACUAUCUAUGGUGCAAUCAACAGACUGUUUCUGUCCCCGGUAGCUAAGGUGCCAGGUCCCAGACUGGCAAUUCUCUCGUUUUGGUACGAAUUCUAUUACGACGUCGUGCUCCAGGGCCGAUAUGGGUACAAAAUUGCUGAACUACAUAAACAAUACGGACCCAUUAUUCGCAUCAACCCGUAUGAGGUCCACAUCGACGAUCCGGAUUUCUACGAUGAAGUCUAUGUCUUGGGAGGAAAGCGAAAGUCGGAUAUUUGGACAUGGUCGGCUCCGAUGUUCGGCACGCCAAACAGUAUCCUGGCAACCAUCGAACAUGACGUCCAUCGUCGGCGAAGAAAUGCUUACUCAACCUUCUUCUCGAAGCAAUCCAUCAGAAAAUACAGUGGCGUCGUGCAAGCCAACAUGGAUCGUGUCAUCGCACGGUUCAAGGAAUAUCAAUCAAAAGGUCAGCCAGUCAAUCUGAUGCAUGCUUGGACAGCCUUCACCGGAGACGUGGUCUCCGAAUAUUGCUUCCCAGAGUCCUACGGUUUCCUCAAACGAGCAGACUUCGCGCCAGAAUACUAUGAGCUUUGGAUCUCGAUCGUCAGCAACAGCCACAUAUUGAAACAAUUUCCGUGGCUGUUUCCAAUGAUGAAUACGUUUCCGAUGUGGUUCGUAGACCGCUUUCUCCCAGAUCUCGCAGUGUCGUAUCGAUGGCAUCGUCAAUGGGCCAAACAAAUCCAGGAUAUCAAGUCCGGAGAAAGGGACACCGUGAAAGAACGCGGACGACCUAGCGUUUUCGAAACAUUACUUGACUCCGACCUUCCUCCUUAUGACAAGUCAGUCUCUCGUCUGGUUGAGGACGCUCAAACCCUGGUUGGCGCGGGCUCCAUCACGACAAGCCUGAUACUCGCUCUGACAACGUAUUACGUGAUUACUGACGAGGAGAUCCUGGACAAGUGUAUGGACGAGUUGACGCAGGCGAUCCCGGAUACCGACCACGCACUCCCAUUGGUAGAGCUGGAGAAGCUUCCAUACCUCAGUGCUAUCAUCCUAGAGGCUCUGCGUAUCUGUUAUGGCGUCUCGCAUCGGUUGCAGCGAGUGUGUCCCAACGAAGUCAUCAGCUACAAUGACUAUGUCCUCCCUCCAGGCACGCCUGUGAGUAUGACUUCAAUGCUGGUCCACGACAACGUCAGUAUCUUCCCUGACCCGCGCAUCUUCAAACCAGAAAGAUGGCUCCCACUGGAAACGGAAGGGGCACGCUUACAAAAGUAUCUCGUCGCCUUUAGUCGAGGGUCACGCCAGUGUUUGGGUAUGCAUCUAGGCUCUGCGGAACUCUACAUUGGACUAUCCGGCCUGUUGCGCCAUUUCGGCCGGCAGCUAACGGUCGUCGAUACUGUCAAGGAGCGGGAUGUUGACCUCAUUCGCGACACCUUCACGCCAGCGAUGAGCCCUGAAACUAAAGGGAUCAAGGUAAAGAUCGACAAGGCCUGA